GUUAAAGGUAAGGUGGGGGGGGGGAGUGGUUGUUCCAUCUCUGAGCAGCUGUCUGAAGUAUCUGGACUGCUCUCUGUGUGCCGUUCCUCCUGGUGAUCCAUGUCAUCUCAGAUGUUAGUGCUGAGUCACUGUAGUCCAUUCGUGAGAUGAGGUGAUACUUCAGAAUUAAGUCAUUGCAGCUGAACUCCAUCUUAGUAAUAUAUAAUUAAAAUAACCUGCCUGUUUAGCUGUGUUAAACCAUCUCUGUAAAUUCAUGAUACCUACUAAUUCUUCUGCUGUUUUUUCACAUUUGACACACUUGUGUACCACUUCCUGGUUUCUGUUGCUGAAAGGGCUGUAAAGUCUAAAUUGAAUUCUGCAUUUUCUCUGUGAGCAAUAGAAAUCCCGGCCCCCAUACUGGAACAUGGUAGUUCCAGCACCUUCAUCCUCCCCUUACUGUCCACACCUCAGACGGUGGUGACACGUGUCCCAGACUCCCGUUGUCCAGUGAACCGGCGGUUCCGGAGUGGCACUCGAUCCCCCUGGAAUUCUGGCCCUCCGUGCAGACGAGUGUGUUUGCUUGAACUGUCUAACUGAUAAGGAGGCAGACUGAAAACAGACGGGUAGUGGGUUUGGGAACCGCUUGCCAGCGUUACGCGGAAAGGCCCGGCUGACUGCCGGGGGAAGGGUGGGAUAGGUGAGGAUGGAAGCCAGACAAGGCCUUUUGACUGGUCCUGCGUCAGCGAGGACCCAUCUUGCACACCCUGCCGGACACACGCAGUCUUCUCAGGCUCCGUAUUACAUGACGUCUGUACAUCUUGCAGGAACCCUGUUGAGAGUGGGCCUGUAACCGAGCUUCGUGAAUGUAAUGUAACCAUCGAUCCCCGUUUACUAAAUGUACCUUUCUUUUUAUGAUGGGCGAUUAGUGCACAGAGAAAGGAACAGUAGGUGUCAAUUAUUCAGGCUCAUUCUGAUCAUUGACGUUAUUUGACCUCACACCUAUUGUGGAAGGCAGGACCGCUAGGUGACCCUACACAUUAGCUCUCCUUGCUGCCAGGCAACCUGGUUGGCUUCAUAGAUGAAUACUGAGCAAAGGGUGAAAUUAAGUUCAAUGGAAAAAUAGGCCCACAGUGCCCCCAAUACUGGUUCAAGCUUUUUAAGGGGAUGAUCAAUCCAGUGUUUCCUUAACUGAACAUUAUGUGGUGUUAAUGGCUUUUAAGAUGGCUGUUUCUGCUGAUAUUCCCUCAAACACAAUAAAAACAGAUAAAGUAUUUACAACAAAACAGCACAGUGUUUGGACUUGCACUGAGGAAACGAGGCUGAAUGAUGUGGGCCCCGCAGGGAUGUCUGUGGUGCUCCUUGGUUUACUACCUGAAACUCCCAGUCUCACCUGCAUGGCCCAGUGCAAGAAAUGGGCUUUUUCAUACCACAGACUGCUCUUGGCGAACAGUGAAUGUGAAGAAACAUUUCAGUGCUCGAUAUGCGAAUCUGUUAUUUAAAUAUUGCAAUUAUUUUGUAAAGAAUUUAAUUUGUGAUGAAGGAACCUUUAAAUUAUUUCAUGAAGAUAUUUGAUAUCGAAGCCUUGUAAGUUAAGUAGAUUAAUCCUAUACUAUACAGAGCAAGUCAUGAAAAGGCAAGUUGCUUAGGUGUAAUGUUUUAUUUAGCACCUGGAUUUACUGGACUUACCCUAAAAUUUCACACCCCUGCAUAAAUGUCCAUUGGAAUGUCGUUUCACGGAAAUUUCACUUUAUUGUAUUUUGAUGGACAUUUGAUACAGUGUUGACAUAAAGGAAACGGUCUCUCUCUAAAUAUCGCAUGUUGAGUACUGCUCCCUAACCUUACACUGGUGCUGCAUGAGCGCCGCUGAUCCGGCACAUGCUUCGCACGGCGAGUCCUGCAGCUGCGAUGCGACUGGCCGUUUCUGAUUCGCCGUGGGGUGGGGUCGUCCGUGGGGUGGGGGCUUCCUAAUGAAACCUGACCCACUGGCCAGUUUUACUCAUUGCGCAGAGGAUUUAAAUACAGCAGCAAUUAGAUUAUUGCUGCCAAAAGGCAUGUGAGGCCGUACUUUUUUUUUUUUUUUUUGCAGGAGGUGAACCGAUAAUAUCAAGGGAACCAGAGAACCUGUAAAGCUACUUGCGUCAAGUCCAUCUUUCUUAGGAGGACGGUCAUGUGGGUAGAAGGCUCACACCCCAAAACACUGCAGUUGGAGGAAAAAGACAACACUACUAAUAGCAGAAUAUGCUUUACACUAAGGAUCCACAGCACUAUGUGUAUCAUAUAAGGUAUUUGAUGCACUAGUUGUGGCGUGUGAUGUCAGCAAGUCCUAGGGGUCGAUGGGGAGAGGGCCAACCUGCGCUCCAACCCAUCCUGGCCCGGCAGCACACUUACGUGAAGCUGGGAGGUGAGGCCCCGAACUCCAAGGUAGUGAAGGUCCCCGGCUCGUCAGACCAGAGGCGGAGCCUCGGCAGCAGGAUGGACGACGAAUGCCACCUGCUUGACUUUGAGUCGUCUGACCGCCCUCUGAUCGUCAACUUCGGCUCUGCCUCCUGACCCCCCUUCGUGACCCACCUGCCGGCCUUUCGGCGGCUGGUGGAGGAGUUCUCGGAUGUGGCAGACUUCCUCGUUGUAUACAUCGACGAGGCCCACCCCUCAGAUGGCUGGGCGGUGUCCCCCAUGGAGUCAAAUGCCUUCCAGGUGAGGAAACACCGCAGCCUGGAGGAGCGCAUGCUGGCUGCCCGCACGCUGCUGGAACACUUUGCCCUGCCGCCACAGUGCCGCCUAGUGACAGACUGUAUGGACAAUAAUGCAAACGUGGCAUAUGGAGUAUCCUUUGAAAGGGUCUGCAUCGUGCAGCAGAAGAAAAUUGCCUAUCUGGGUGGAAAGGGACCAUUUUUCUAUCACCUGAAAGAUGUGAGACGGUGGCUGGAGCAGAGCUACGGCGAGCGGUAGACUCUGAAACUAACACACAUGGGAAUAGUGAUGCACCUUCUUGCCGGGUGAAUGUCCUGCCAGCCAAGCUUCCGGUUGGAACACUUAGGCAGCGGCCGACAUUCCUAAUAACUUUCAGAUGAUGAAUGAGAUGGCCUUGGACUGCCGGCGCCAGUGUCCAGCCGAUGCCUGCCGUCACGUGGUCUGCACCUUGGUCAUCCACCUAUCGACACAUUAGUAAAUGAUCAUCCCCUACAAAAGAAAACCAAAUUACUUAACAGAGAAAGAAAGCACAUGAGACCAGGAGCGGAUUAUGUAUCUGGGACCCUUAGGCUGAGAUCAACAUGGACACUCAGGUGUUGCCGAUCUUACUAACUGUUCCAUUUUUCCCAAAAUGGGGCCUUGAUGUUUGCUGGGGCCUUUGGCUACAGCCUAGGAUAGCCAGUGCUAAUCUGCCCCUGCAGGUAGCCACCUUUUAUAAUAAUGGUAUUAAUUUAUUUCUGGAGAUGGAGAUUUUUAAUGUGUCAUUUUUACACCUUGAUGCCUGUUUUUGUACAAAUAAGAACUGUUAUUUAAGAUGACGAUCCUCUGUAUUGUCCUGUAAAGUUGUAGAUGUUUAAGGUGCUCAUCUCUGUGCAUCGUUGCACUUGCACACUAAUGGACAUCGAUAGCCCCUUUCGGACAACUUGAAGGAGACCUAGUUUAUGUUCAGAAUUGUAGGGCAGUCUGUGUUUUUAAAAACAGCACAAAAUCAAAGUGGAUUACAGAGCACAUGGUGGAAAGUCAGCCCCUUUCUUCCUGGGAAGCUGCUGGUUCUCGUCGUUCUGGAACAUUGUGUGACAUGAAUCUGAAUGUAAGAGGAUUUCUACGUAACCGUACACUGUUCUUUUGUGCCGAAAAACAUUAAUGCCAAAUGCUUACAAAAUGAACUGUUGUUAGUAAACAAUUGGGGAAUAUAUGGAGUUGGGCACAAAUGACAGUUAGCAGCUUUAGAGACACCUUAGGAACUGGCCCUGUGCCACAGGAUGUUUCCAGGAAGCAUCUCGGUCAAGCUGCGAGCUGGUCAUGCUGGCCUGUGUCCAAAACUGGGUCAGAAUCCUGCUGUGAGGAAGACUUGGUCUGGAGAUGGCGAUUCAGGUUUGGAUGGCGCCGGUGUGAGAAUGAAAACCACUGAUGAAAGGGCACCAAGCUCUGUCAGCGGUCGGAUGCGAUACCACACCACCCCUAUCCAAACUUGAACCCAUAUGCGAUUUUGCAUUUCAAAAGCGUAUUUAAAAGUCCCUCUCUGAGAUCCAGAAAUGCCUGUUUCCUACCAUCUUUGUAUUGUAUUGGGCAAAUAGUUGCUUUUUUUUUUUUUAAAUU